AGGCCAGUCACUUCCUGAGCAGUAAUCUGCCUGUUUGCAGCAGAUAGAUCUUCAUUGUUUGCCACUUCCAGUUUCCAGUAAUGGGAAUGAUUACUUGACCAAUAUCAGCCAGUUUGUAGUGCAUGGGUCCUGUAAAAACAUAGGCGUUCUGUAUCUUCUGCAGUGAAGACACACUACUGGAUAUUUUUUCACUUUUACAAAAAGAAUUUGAAAGUUUUUCGUGAUUGAAGCUCCUUGAAGGCAGGAACUAGUGGGACAAAUGAACAUUUCUUUAUUCUGGAGCUUUACGUCUGCUUCCCAAUGACGAGAUGUAUUGUGUUUUGCUGUUGAUCCUUUUACAUUCUUGCAAGCUGAAAGCUCAAGAUAAUGUGUUCACCAUCAAUAAAAUUACACUCCGUGCUGAUCCACCUCAGGAAGUGGAGAAUGGAAAGCCAGUCACCCUCUACUGUUCUGUGGACAUCAGCAAGAGCGAACAUUUCCAGCCGAAUUAUACGUUUUCAUUUUCCAGGAAUGAAAACAUUCUGUUCAAUUACACAUCGGAGCAAAACUGGGCACAGUAUACAAUCUCAAAGCCUAGAUUUUCUGAUUCGGGAGAGUAUGAGUGUACACUGAGUGUUGAGGGGAAAACAAAAUCCAGUGAUCCUUUGAUUGUUAAAGUGAAAGGAAUAAGGCAGCCAAAAUUGACAGUCCAGAAAACUGCAGUGAUGGAAGGUGAAAAAGUAUCUUUACGCUGUGAAGUGCCAGAAGAAACCCCCCCAUUUUAUUUCACAUUUUAUAAAAUCCCACAGUCUCCAAAACAAUCAAAAAGGGACAGGAAGAGAGGACCAGUGAAUAACAACUUUGCAGAGAUGGAAUUUCCAAUUGAUGCAGGGGAUAGUAUUUUGUAUUUUGAAUGUACUGUUCGAAUGGAUUCAGUGGCAGGGCCUGAGAUAUCAAAACCCAGUAACAAAACAAUAGUUACUGUUACUGAACCAUUUUCCAAACCCAAAAUAACCAUCCUGCCACCAAAUAACAUUACAGAAGGAGAUCAAAUGUGCCUAGAAUGUACAACUGUCCUAGGUCAUCCGGAUCAAACUGAAAUCAUCAUCCAGAAAGACAAAAAAAUUCUUAACAGCACAAAGGGUAAAGAGACUGUGACAUACUGCAAAGUAGCCACCAUGGAGGACAAUGGCAAUUACAUUUGCAAAGCAGAACUUGGGAGCGUGUCCAAAAUCAACGAAGUAAAUGUUGGCGUAGCUGAAUUAUUUUCCAAGCCAAUACUGAUUCUUCCCAAAGAACACUGGAAUGAAAACAGCUGGAUACAAAUUGAAUGUCGAGUUAAUAGUCCACAGCCAAUACAUUUUUCACUCUUGAAGGACAACAGAGUGUUGGCAAACUCCAGCAUCUACAAUAUCACAGCCCGCGUUGUUGACAGCGGGAACUAUGUUUGUAAGGCUGAGAUAAAAGGGAUUGCCAAGGAGAGUAAACCGGUACAGAUACGUGUUUAUGCUCCGGUUUCCCGACCUGUCCUUUCCCAACCAGUUCCCCAGGUAGUAGUGUUGGGGAAGCCUUUCUAUGUAAGCUGCUAUUCCAACAGCGGAACUCUGCCUAUUACAUAUAUUCUCUACAGAGGAGACGUCCCACUUAAAAACAAGACUGUGGGAGAAAAAAAUUCACCAGCAAGUUUUCAGGUCAAAGCAACAGAUGUGCAUGUUCCAGGAGAAUACAGAUGUCAUGCUCAGAAUGGCCAUUCUAUUACACAACAAAGCAUCGGAGAAAACAUCACAGCAAUAGCUCCAGUUGUUAACAUAAACUUGACAAGACCUGAAUAUGGAUUUGUGGAAGAUGGCCAAGAUCUCUCACUCUUCUGCACUGUUGGUUCAGGGUCUUUUCCUAUUGAGUUCAACUUUUUUAGAGAAAAUAGCUCUGAAUCCUUGUAUCGGGUAACAGAGACUGAAGUGUACGGAGCUGCUUUUUACAAAAAAGAACUCACAAACCAAGAUGGAGGGAAGUAUUUUUGCACCGCUGACAACCAAGCAAAAUUACCUCUAAGGAGCAAGGCGAUAAUUGUCAAGGUUGUUCUGGCUUCGUGGAAGAAAUCACUAAUUGCAGCAGUUCUACUGCUGAUUCUUCUUGCUGUUGGUAUUGCAGGGCUCUGGUGGUACCUUCAUAAGAAGGCAAAAGGCAGAGGCAGUUCUAUGGAACUGGCAAGUUCCAGACCAGAAACCAAUUCAAUGGGUGAGAAGUUGUCAUCAGUGCAGAAUAAUGAACGGGAAUUCUAUUAUGGAUCAGAUUAUAAUGAAGAUGGUGAAAAAAAUCACAUAACAUCAAAAGAGGAUAAUAAAGAUCCUGACCCUGAGAAUUCUUCGGUGGAAUAUACUGAAGUGGAAGUGUCGGUUCAUGACCAUAAGAGAGCUCCUGUAACAAACAAGAAUGAGACAGUUUAUACUGAAAUCAGAAAACCAAUUAAUGGUAAGGAAGGAAGUGAAAGCAUCAAACACAUAAAGGAGAUGCUGGGGAACACAGGCAUUCUAGAAUAGAAGACUUGCCUGAUGGGACUUAGAAAAGUAGACAACAAUCAUCACUGAAAACAAGAUGGAGGAUGUUCCACCAGUUCUGCAGCAUUUCGGUGCCUUCAGAAGUCACAUUUUGCUUGAGCUGUUGGUAACCCCUGUGGGGUGAACCUAGCAUCUAUACAGUAUCACUGCUGUUCUGCCAUUGCCACAAUUUAACAUAGUGAUGUACACGCUCCAAAUUUUUGUUCUAUAUUUUCUUUAAUGACACUCUAAGCAACAAAAGUGUGUACAUAUGAUGAAUAUUUGCCACUUUCCUUGUUUUUAAUCCUCCAAGCAAUUAUGGAGAGAGAGGAUAGGCCUGCCAAAACGUGAAGCAACAUUUAGUCACUUCCCUAUGAUCCCCAAGGACUGUGUAAAGCAUUAUGUGUGGGUAGAAAUGUUUCUGGUAGGAAAACAUCAGAGUUGUUUAUUCAGGAGUGCUUUACAAAUUACGUCUGAAGUAGCGUUAACAUCUACAUUUCAUGUCAUUUUUGCAUAGUUCAUGGAAUGCUUUGUGCUACUUGGCUGUGGUGGGUGGAUAAAAAAAUGUUUAUUAAUAUGCUCAUCUUCUGCCUCCAGUGUUCACUUUCUUAUGGUGCACAAUAAAGAUGUCCUUAAAGGA